AAAGCUGCGCAUCUGCAGAAGUUGUUGCUGCUGUUGAUGUGAACACUCUUGCCAAUGAAGUUUAUAAGCACAACUUUCCCAGCACACCACUAUGGGCAAAGACAAUUGAGGGCAUAACACUGAAAGAAUUUGACACUUUAUCUUUUGAUAUGAUUUUGAUGAGUCCUCCCUGUCAGCCAUUUACAAGAGUUGGCCUGCAAGGUGAUGUAUCUGAUCCACGGACAAAGAGCUUUCUUUAUAUCCUUGAUAUUCUCCCAAGGCUCCAGAAGCUUCCAAGGUACCUACUUUUAGAAAACGUUAAAGGAUUUGAAUCCUCUUCUGCAAGAAAUGAACUCUUGCAAACACUAGAAACAUGUGGAUUUAAAUACCAAGAAUUUCUCCUGUCUCCAACCUGUCUUGGCAUUCCCAAUUCCAGGCUGCGAUAUUUUCUAAUUGCAAAGCUUCACCAAGAGCUGUUUCCAUUUCAAGCUUCUGGUCAGAUAUUGAAAAGAUUCCCAGAUCAGAAUCUAGACGACUUAUUCAAGGACAAAGUCGCUGACAAAGUGGGUAAAGCUAGUUCCUCUUUGACUUCUGAAGAGAAGAAUCUGGAUCCAAACAUCAAUCCUGAUUGCAGCAGCAAGAAGAGUUUACCAAAAGGGGCCUUUCUUUUUAAGCUUGAAACAGUAGAAGAAAUGGAAAGGAAACAUGGUCAGGACAAUGAUUCCUCUAUUCAAAUGCUAAAAGAUUUCUUGGAAGAGGAAUGUGAAGAAACGAGUCAAUAUUUCUUACCACCGAAGUCCUUAUUGCGCUAUUCUUUCUUAUUAGACAUUGUUAAGCCCACCUGCCGGAGGUCCACAUGCUUUACAAAAGGGUAUGGACACUACGUAGAAGGGACAGGCUCAGUUCUGCAGACAGCAGUAGAUGUACAGCUUGAAUCAGUGUUUAAACACAUUGAGGAGCUACCAGAAGAAGAGAAGCUUAUGAAAUUGUCAACGCUAAAACUGAGAUACUUUACGCCAAGAGAAAUAGCAAAUCUUCAUGGAUUUCCUCCAGAAUUUGGCUUUCCUGACAAAGUAACGAUAAAGCAGUGCUACCGUCUUCUGGGAAACAGCCUCAAUGUACAUGUGGUGGCAAAAUUGAUCUCCAUUCUACUUGGAUAAUUUAGAACCUGAAUCUGAUGAGUGUGGACUGGUGACAGAAAAUACUUCCAUCUUUCAAGAGAAAGCUGAUGACAGCUGAACAAAAAUCAUAACUUACCAAAUAUCUGUCCAGAUGUUUUGCUGAACAGUUCUGAUGUAUUUUUAAUACCGUUCUUUUAUGGUGGAUUUACACUGUAGAAGUGUUGUAUUUAAAUGGAAGUUUCCAGGACUUAAUUGCU